AUGACUUGUCCCGGUAAGGAGGGUACUCCGUUGCCGUACACUGCCUCACCCAUCAAGUUACUCUGGGGCGACUUGGCCCUAUUUGUUUCAAAGCUAUGGGCACUUCCAGGUAUCUUCCUGCCCCUGAAUCUAGCUCGCACGCAUGAGUGGGACGAAUUCUAUCCCUCGUUACGCAAUGGAGCUACCGUGUUGAUCCAUGUAUUCCUCGUGGUUUAUCAACUUGUUUUCCUGCUCUCGUUGCCGAUCAUGGUUGUCUGCUUGAUUCCAGGUCUAUGGAUCCUUGCUUAUUCUGUUAUCGGUUUCACUGUCAAUUAUGCGAUUGUUAUGUUGUUGUUGAACGGCUUCCGGCAGGUCCUGGUGUCCCAGGUUCCCGUGGUCGAGCGACCAGGUCAUGAGCGGGAACGUUGGCUAUACAUAAAUGGAAUUGGAGCUGGGCAUCACUGGGUACAGAUGAACGUCGAUCAACUGUCAUACAUCUUUGGUCGAAAAGUGACGGGUGUGCACAAUCGCACCGCGGGAAUUGUCUUUGAUCUCAUCGAAUGUCUGAUUCAAAGAGAUUUUGCAUACGCUACUGGUGAUAUACGACGAUCGUAUGCCUUGGUCAAGGAAGCUCUCUUGGACCCAGAAUGUGACAAGGUGGUUCUGCUUCUUCACAGUCAAGGCGGCAUUGAAGGAGGACUUGUCGUGGAUUGGCUUCUGGAUGAGCUACCACACGAUCUCCUUCAUCACUUGGAGGUAUAUACGUUCGGGAAUGCCGCGAAUCACUUUAACAAUCCGCGAUGGACAAAGCUAGCACGGCCACAAAGAAUCUCAACACCUGAUCUAGUGCAUCAAUUUGGCCAAUCGAUCGGCCAUAUCGAGCAUUACGCUAACGCAGCUGAUAUUGUGGCUCUGGGAGGUGUGCUCCACUUUGUGGACAUACCAAAUCGAUAUAUGGGCCGGCUGUUCGUGCGCCCAAAUUCAGGUCACCUACUCAACAUGCAUUACCUGGACAACAUGUUUACCCUAGGCCCUGAUAUGAAAGUCCUAGACACCAAUCCAUUCAUGGAUAUGGAAGUCGAGCCAUGGGCAACCGCCGGUAUUAACGGAUAUGAUGGCCCUCCGCAUCGAAUCAGAUAUCAGCCCACUAUAGCCCGAGACGAGGCAUUUCUCCCCGCCACACUAAGCCUGCAACGAUCACAAACGAAUGGUGUGAGCCGAGUACUGCGUGUCAAGGACUUCAGUCGGCUCUGGCAGUAUAGAAAUGGAGGACACCCGAAAGACACAGAGGCACAGCAUGAUAAUGACACCCACGAACACGUCCAUUUUUAG